AUACCUGGCGAGAAGAUUUGGAUUAAGACUAAUGAACUGGGAGUACAAUAAUCUCCGUUCACGGCGGAGGACCGCCUCAUUGUCUCGCUGUAUGAUUUUUGUUUGUGCGCCUUCGAAGGCUAAAGACGAUGUCUAUCCGGGGAUAUUUUGUCGCUUUUUCCAAAUGCACAAUUUUUCUCUCCCUGAGGAUUUUGUUUCUUGUACCUGCAGGGUUGCAGGUCCGCAGCCAAGGGGAUUCUCAGUCCUACAACAAAGUGAUGGACAAUAUCACAGUCCGACAAGGAGAGACGGUCUUUCUCAGGUGUGCACUCGGGGAUGUUGUCACACACACAGCAUGGCUUAAUCGGUCAAGUAUACUGUAUGCUGGAGAAGACAAGUGGUCGAUUGAUCCCAGAGUGAGUUUGGUGACUCUUAAUCAAGAGGAGUUCACCAUCAAGAUUGAAAAUGUGGACAUGACAGAUGAAGGACAGUAUGUGUGUGCAAUCCAGACAAGCAGUCGACCAAGAACCACCUCAGUUCACAUCCUCGUCCAAGUGCCACCAAAAAUCACCAACCUGUCAAGAGAUGUUGUGGUAAAUGAAGGCUCUAACAUCACCCUGAUGUGCCAAGCAAGUGGUAAACCAGAGCCUUCCAUCAGCUGGAAGCUCAUCUCCUCUUCAGGGGAUCUGGUGUCAGAUGAUGAAUACUUGGAAAUCCCAUCUAUAUCCAGACAGAAAGCAGGAACGUAUGAAUGCACAGCUGUCAAUGAUAUUGACACAGACGUGCAGACUGUAGACAUCACCGUCAACUAUGCUCCAGCUGUGUCAGAGGGCAGAGAUGUUGGAGUGACACUGGGCCAGAGAGGAGUGCUGGAGUGUGAGGCUGAUGCAGUGCCUGAGGCAGAUUUUGAAUGGUACAAAGAUAACAGAAGGAUCUUUAAUGACUUUGAUGGUAUGGAGAUUGUCAGUACUGGAUUAGGAUCAAAGCUGACCUUCUUUAAUGUGUCUGAUGGAGAUUAUGGCAACUACACCUGUGUUGCCAUCAACACACUUGGGAGUUCAAAUACAAGCUUCCUUCUGUUUGUGGUAAUUGAACCCACUAGCUCAACACUUUUGCAAGGACCGAGAGCAGUUCAGGAUGGCAGCGGCGGUGCAAUGAGUGUGCACUCACACAACUGUCUCCUCUUCAUUAUAAUUCUGUCCUUCCUGCUUAGAUUUUGAAGAUAAAUUGAGUUGAACUCCAGUGUUUUGUGUGUGUGUGUACCUGCGUGUGUGUGUGUGUAUGCGUGUGAGUGUGUGUGUGUGUGUGUGCGUGUGUGUGUAUGUGUGUGCGUGGGAGUGUGUGUGUGUGCGUUUUUGUUUUUUCCAACUGAAACCAUAAACUGAUGCACAUUAAGUGCAUGAUUUAAUCUGCACUGCAUUGAUGUUGACCCGCUAAACAAGUAUGUCAUUGAGGGUCUUUUUUUUUAAGAUUUCAAGGAUGUAACAAAUGUUUCACCUUUUAAUUGAAUUUUGUUGGAUAUUUUUCUCUUUGAAUCAUAUUAUUCUGGAUUUUCUCUUUUUACCUGUGAUUCUAAAAAAAAGAUUUUUAAAAUGGUGUCUCUUAUUUUUAAAAAGUGUCUCUUAAUCAAAUGGAUUUGUCUUGAAUUUAACCACACUGAAUAUUCAUGUCUAUUCCAGGAAACAGCAAAUUUACAGCAAAUAUAAGAAGUGAAUUCUAAAUACCUCAAAAUUAAACUGAAAGAGUCAAACACAAGGUUGCCCUGAGGCUGAAAACCUGGUAUUAUCAUAUUUUAAUGUAUAAUAAUUAUCCUUUCGUCUGGUUGUUGAAAGCAGAAUUGUAGUAUUUUUGUUUCCACCAUUAUAGUGAUAUAUUUGCACUUGUGCUAUGCUAAUCUUUUUAAUUAUAUUUUUUCAAUUAUGUGUAGUUUUAAAUAUUUUUAAGAACGGGAAAUAUGAACUUGUAAUUAUUUGGGACAAACCCCUUACUUUCAUCUCUUUGUCAUUUUUUGUUCUUUACUGGUACUGGUUGUAUACAAAAAUGUUGUCAAGAUUAUUAUAAUUAUGUUAGACUUUAAUAUUUACAGAUGGAGGGAAUGUUAGCUACAUUUGUAUGGAGUGGACAUCUGACUUAAAUAAUGCAGACCUAUUAAUGCUAUUGAUAUUUGUUUAAUAUCAUACCAUGUAUACAUGCUCUAGAAAUUGUUCCUGUUUAUGUUCUAAACCAGCACUGGAGGGUUACAGAACAGUCGUUUUGAGUAGAUUAACACAAAAUAAACUCUUUCUGCAUGUAUUUAGACACAAAUGACCCAAAGACUAUAUUUCAUAAACUUCCUGUUUUUCAAAUCACCAAACAAAGACCCUGAUUUUUAAGUAUUGUCUUCUCAUUAACUUCAGAGUAAACUAGAGGUCUUCAUGGGUACAAAAAUGUCUGUCUGUGCAAAAAUGUACCACAGUGAAUUAAAGUGGAUUUGCCUAUUUUUUUUAAUAUUGACCCAGAAAUAAUAUAGAAAUAACACCUGGGUUAAAAAAAGGUCAGAAAAAAUAGGUCAGAAAUAAAGACUAUAUGUAAAACGUGGCAUAACUGCAAAUGAGCAUUUAUGCCACUGUGACAUAAUUGCUCAUUUGCAGUCUUAAGAGUUCCUUUUUCAUUGACUACCUGAGGAAAUUAUUCACUACCAUACAAUAGUAACUAGAAGCAUACAUUGUUUCAUCAUUAUCUGUAAAUUAAACUAUAAUGCACAAAGUGAAGAUCAUAUUAGACUGAAGCUGUAUUGAAAGUAGGAACUGAGACCAUAAACUUAUAAGAAAAGGGUUGAAUUAGCAAACAUUUUGCAGUAAAGACUUUCAGACUUCUGUUGAUUUGGACUUUAUAAAUUAAGCAAUUAUUCUUAGCCUAUUAGAAUGAAAGCAGAUUUAAGGUACUUUUGCUGCCACUUCACGAUUUAGACUUAUAGGCUAAGACCCAUCUUUAGUAUUUUGUCCAUUAUCCAGUCCUAUACAGAUCUACUGACAUGGGUAGACUCAUGAAGACCUUUAGAGUAAAUGUGUUGUCUUUUGACACGAGUAAAAUACAAAAUCAUUGAUACUCUUAAACCAAAAUGUACAGUAUAGGAGUCAGAUUGUGAGAUGUUGGUCAGAAGAUUUAAUAAUUUUAGACUUUACUGUAGAGUAUGCAAGCCAACUGCAAUAACUGAGACUGAUUAAAGGUCUCAGCAAAUAGGCCACAACAGUUCUUAUCACCUGAUAUAUAACUUGCAUUAACAGAAAAGACAGAAUAUAUGAGAAAACCUGAAAAUCAUAUGUUUCAAUAUGGACAAACAUCAGUGCAGGCAGAGUGUCACAGGCAGCAAACAAUCAGCAGACCUCCUUUACCAUAUUUCAUUGUGAGCAUGAGAAUUUUAUGCAACAAUCUGUAACCUCUCACAAAAUGACAGGAAGAAUUAAAGCUGGUAAUUUCUCUCUUUCAUAUCUCUCAAUUUGAAAAGAGAUUUGUACCAAUUGGCAGACUGUACUUAACAUGGGUAUGCUUUUUUGUUAUUUAGUGACAAUAACAAAAAAUGUACAUCUGGUGUUGAACUACUGGCUUUUGUAAUGAAAGGGAUUGUUUUAAGACAUUGUGCAUCCCUUGCAAAAUGCUGUUUGUUUUUACUGUCAGUUUCUAUCAGAGUUUUGCAAUUGAAGGUUUCCAUUAACACUGCAACAAACAAAAACAGUGAAUUAAAACAAAUUACUAUGUCUGUUUAAUGA